AUGGAGGUCAAGAAGCUGGGAAUGAUAGGCGCAGGGAGCAUGGGCGGCAUGAUGACGCUCCUGUGCGCAGAGCACGGUAUCGAGGUGCACAUGUUCGACCCCUCGGCCGACAACGUGAACCGCGUCCUCUCACAGGCCAAGCAGGCCGGUCUCGACUUUAGGACUUUCUAUCAGAAGGACUACGAGUCCUUGUGCAAGGCGCUACCGUCAGAUUCCGCCAAGGUUUUCAUCCUCAGCGUGCCGCACGGUUCCGUCGGCGACAAGACCAUCGACGGGCUCGAGCCGUUCCUGAGGCCCGGAGACGUGAUCCUGGACGCGUCCAACGAGAAGUGGAGCAGCACGGAGCGUAGGCAGGAGAGGCUCCGGCCCAAGGGGGUGCACUUCGUCGGCAUGGGAGUCAGCGGCGGGUACCAGGCGGCGCGCCACGGGCCGUCCAUCUCGCCCGGCGCCAGCUCGCCGGAAGCCUGGGAGGCGGUGUGGCCGCUUCUAACGAGGCUGGCGGCCAAGGACAGGUCGGGCAGGCCGUGCACGGCGAAGCUGGGCCCGGGAGGGUGCGGGCACUACGUCAAGAUGGUGCACAACGGCAUCGAGCACGGCAUGAUGACGGCGCUGUGCGAGGUGUGGGGCAUCAUGGGCCGGUGCUUCGGCUGGUCGCACGACGAGGUGGCGGGCGUGCUGGGACGGUGGAACACGGACGCCGACAGCCCGCUGCGGCACAACUUCCUCGUCGAGAUCGGCGCCGAGAUCUGCCGGACGAGGGACCCGGAGGAUCAAAGCAAGUUCGUGCUGGACGACAUCCGCGACAAGGUGGUGCAGGACGUGUGCGAGGAGGAAGGGACCGGCACCUGGACCGUCGAAGAGGCUGCCCGGCUACAUGUGCCGACCCCCAGCAUCACGGCGAGUCACAUGUUCCGCGUGCAGUCGGCCUACGCACGCCGGAGGGAGGCCGCGCACAACACCUUCCACAAGACAGGCGACGCCGCCACCUCGCCUCACGCGAGCCCGGCCCAGGCCCAGACGGCCGAGGGCAAGCUCAUGGCGGCCGGGUGGCUGCGCGACGCCACGUACGCGACCUUCCUGCUGUGCUUCGUGCAGGGGAUGCACCUGAUCGCGGCGGCCGACGACGAGCACGGCUGGGGGCUGGAAUACUCGGACGUGAUGCAGCUGUGGCGCGGCGGGUGCAUCAUCCAGUCGGACGCCAUCGUCGACCUGCUGGACGGCGUGUACAAGUCCGGCCAGGCCGACAAGCACAACCUGCUGGCGCACCCGACCAUCGCUGGCGAGCUGGGCAAGGUGACGGCGUCGUUCCGCGAGCUGGUCGUCGACGCCGUCAGGCUGGACGCGUACGUCCCCGCCCUCAGCGCCAGCCUCGAGUACCUCAAGUACUCGGUGUCGACGGACCUGCCUACCAGCUUCCAGGAGGCGCAGCUGGACUUCUUUGGGAACCACAUGUAUGACCUCAAGAGCGAGGGGCCUGGCGAGUCGGUGGUGGGGAAGCAUCACUAUGAGUGGAGGCCUGCGAGGGGCCUCAAGGAGAUGGAGGAGGCGUUUCAGAAGGAGAAGCAGGAGAAGCUUUGA